GGUUGUGUGUGGGGCAGGGGAGUGAUAGUAAGGGUAAGAGACAAAGAAACCGUACGUCGUCGAAUAAGAAUUGUCGAAGCUACUGCUGUUAUUUAUGAAAAAAUAAGUAAUUGAUUUUGAGCGAACGUAGAUGAAAAAGAACGAGUUCACGAAACGUUUUAAGUAUGCAUCGUGGCUGGGAUACUACGGAUAUCGUGCAGUAAGAUCAAAAAUGUAAAGAAAGAUGAUCGUAUCACAAGAAGUAUACAGUAAAAUAAAUGAUUCAUGAUCAUUUGAGAAGUCGAUUACAAUUGGACGGGUUCAAAAAUUGAUAUGAAUAUGGAAAAGCAGUAAUGUAGAGAAAGGGGAAAUAAACAUCGAAAACACCGGUAGGCCACGAUUAUGCCGAGAUAGAACUGCCUUGGUCGUUUCGUUGAUCGUUCGGUAGAUGAUGGCGAAGGAAAACGGUAUUAAGGACCGAAGAUAACCGAACGACAAGAAACGGAAACACCCGAAGUGGAUGCAGUGAGAAACAUCACGUAGUCUGUGUUGCUAGGCGGCUUGUGGAGGGCGAUGCAAGGGAAAAAUUGACAGAGAGGGGGAUGUUGGUAUAAAAGUCGCGUCAUCGAUGCCGGCGAAUCAGUUGUUCGAAUGAGAUAUGUGUAACUGUUUGUCUUUUGUUGCAUGGUGUUGGUUCAAGUGAAAGUUUAGGAAAGAGCACCGUUUUAAUUCAGAUAUUUGGCAAAAGUGAUAUCGCUCGUAUUGCAAAGAGUACCGGAAAUUUGUUAUCGGUGACAAUUAAAGCAUUAAACGCACUCGCAACGUCAAAGAAACAAUAUCAUCCGUGUUGUAAUCCCGAAAAGAUUGUUCUGACGUUCGUAGUAUCUGCCUUUGGAACAUGGAGGUUUUACCAUGUCCCGUGAACGUGAAUUUCAGCAACACGAGAGCUGGAACUGUGACUGACGAAUUAGUGGACGGAGCUUGCCAGGCUCUGGCGAAACGUCUGGAAGUCGAACUAAGGAGGGCCAAGCACGCUCAGUUGGCUUGCGGGGAAGUGUUGCUACCUGCCGAUCUUUUACCUAGAAUAGCCAAAAAUGUUCUCAGCAUGGCUGAAAAUGAACCUUGUGGUCUUCGAGGUUGCACCUUGUUUAUCAGUUUUGAAACCGACAGUGUAUGUCGCAAAUUGUCAAAAAUACAAUGCGACCCUAACGCAGUAUCAACCUUCGAACUUUACUUGACGUUAAAGCAGGAUCAUACGUCGUGGCACAUUCUCUUACCUCAAUUUUUAAAAAAUCUUACGCGAGGAGGUACCAUCAUGAUCAGUAGAGAUUUUACCUUGGAAAAAAAGAAAUUGUACAGAUCAUACCAGCAGACACAAUGAACGAUUUAUUUGUUUCUGUGUCAUUCGAUUUUCUUGGUAGAUACAGUUAUUCCAAGCUCCUCCAAUAAUUUCAUAGGAUCAAGAAGAUGAUCAUCUUAGAGCCUAUAUUUUCCACGCAGAAUAGCAGAUCGAUAUUUUCGAUGUGUGCAUAUUUUGCAGUCGUCAAAGGAGGAGAAACGAAGAAAAGAGAGACAGAGGGAAGAGAGAUAUAAAAUUCGAUAUGCUAAAUUUUUAAGAUAUCGAUAUAUCUCCAGACCAUAAUAUUAAAAAGCGAUUGCAAAGAAAAAAAAAGUUGGAAACGCGUCCCGUUGCGGAAAUGCAGAAAUAAUAACGUUGCGUUUAAGUCCAAUCUGCGAUGGCUCGAGAUAGAUUCUGCGAGAUUUGGCUGUGUUUUUAGCCGCUAAUAUUGCGAUCGGUUUGAAGACAAAGUUCGACUAUUGUGAUAGUAAGACAAAACAUAAAUUUCACUAUUGUUAAGGGCGAAAAAGUUUCUAUACGCGAUUCUUGAACUUUGCAUGCUCCUUUAAUCGUAAAAUUAACAAGGUACCGGUGUCGUAGUAUAUCCACGCAAGGAACAUUAAAAUGCAAACGUAUCCAACCAAUAGCGAUGCAUUUUUAGAUAAAUGUACGAAAGAUAAAAGUAAUCGGAUAGAUUGUUAUAAUGCUAUUUUAAACCUACAUUUCGCAACUUGUUUAUGGAACUUAUUGGGAGUGUAAUAAACAUGAUAAUAAAUUUCCGGGGUCGCGUACAGAUACAUUCUCACGUUAUAAGAGAAAACGUAUCUUCGUUUGACGAAGCGAUGAUUCGUUUAUAGAUUCUCCGUGAUAACGCCUAACGACACCGGUUAGUCAUAAUAGUCUAGGUAUCUAGUUAGAUACGCUAUAAUUUUUAGUUUGAAAAUCGCCAUCUGAUACCUAAACUGACACCCGUUCGAUACACAUUCAUACAAUUUGUUUUUAAUCAUUCUGGUCCGUGUUGCGCGUUUUUUUUUACCCGAGGAUGUCGAUCAUCUAUCGUUACACUAAUCUUGAUCAAAUUCCCUCGUUCCGACGCCUCGUCUAAUCACGAUAAUUUAGGUAUCGAUUGGUAAUGAUGUUGUGAUAUUAAUAAAAACAAAAGUGAUUAAUAAAUAACAUAUAUCUAAUUCGCGCAACAUAUUAAACAAUCAUGUACGUAACUUCUCCUGUAUUAGCAACAGUUUUCUAGGACAAAACAAUUAUGUUUGCUGUUCGCGAAUUAACAUAGUUGACGACUUUAAUAGAAUAUUUUGUUUAAACAUUGAAAUCAUUUUCGUCCGAAGAAAAUAUGUAUCGGUUCUUCCGGGAGGACGUGUAAUA